AUGAAAAUUGACAAGAUCGAAUCCUUCUUCAUCGGUGGCGGUUAUGUGGUCCGUAUCCACACCGAUAACGGCAUCAGCGGUAUCGGUCAAACCGCCUGUUGGGGCUAUCCCGAAGCGGUUGAGAGAAUCGUGGCAACCUUUGAAAAAUACCUAAUCGGUCAGAAUCCUCUGCGCAUCGAACACCACUGGCAGUAUCUCUACCGCAUGGGUCCAUUUCGCGGCACCGCUCUCUGUGGCGCAAUCAGUGCGGUGGAUAUUGCGUUGUGGGAUAUCAAGGGAAAGCAUUUCGGUGUGCCGGUAUGGGAGUUGUUAGGGGGGAAUUGUCGUGACAAAAUUCGUCUGCAUCUUAUGGCUGGUGGGUCAACUCCAGAAACGAUGUUUCAGACUGCGAAAGAUACGGUGGAGGAAGGGUUCACUGCGCUGAAGUUCGAUCCGGUGGUCGGUGGCUAUCAGGACAUGGCACUGGAUCGCUUGGUCAAGACCGCUCGGGAUCUGGUUGCAGCGGCGCGAGAAGGAGGAGGUCCCGAUCUCGACCUCAUCGUCGAAGUCCAUCGCAAACUCACGCCGAUGAACGGGAUCGUCUUGGCAGAAGCGUUGAUACCGUUUAAUAUCUAUUUCCUUGAGGACCCCAUCCAGAUCGACAGCAUCGUGUCGCAGGCGGAACUCGCCAAGCGGAUGACCGUCCCCUUGGCGAACGGUGAACGCCUGACCACCAUCUGGGAAUUCCGUGAAUUGCUCGCUGCCGGUGGACCUCAGUAUGUCCGACCGGAUGUAGCAUUAGCAGGCGGCUUGACCCAAUGCAAAAAAAUCGCUGCAAUCGCUGAGUCCUACCACAGCGCGGUUGUCACCCACAAUUUUUUGGGACCGUUGACCACAACCGCCUCGUUACACCUCGACACGAGCAUCCCGAACUUCAUCACCCAAGAGUACACUAAGGGUGACGAAUCGCCUAAUAACGCUGUUUACAAAACGUGCUAUCAGCGUGAGGGCGGUUAUAUUCCGAUUCCUGAAGCACCGGGACUCGGCGUGGAGUUGGACGAUAGUCUGAUAGAGCAGCCCCUACCAACCGAUGAACACCGGUCAGACCCUGUUGCGCGAAGAUGGCUCGGUCGCUUACGCUGUGUGAUGGAUAACAGACAGAAGGGAGAGCAACUCAUAUUAAAGCACACUUAA